AUGGCUGGUGCUUCUUCUUCUUCGUACGUCCUCAUUUUAUGCUCUUUUCUGUUUGUUUCCUCAGCUAUUGCACAAACGUCUUUUCGACCUAGGGCUCUUAUUCUACCUGUCACAAAAGACCCAUCAACUCUUCAAUACCUUGCUCAAAUUAAUCAAAGGACACCCCUUGUGCCUGUCAGUGUAACACUUGAUCUUGGUGGCCAGUUCUUGUGGGUGGAUUGUGAGCAAGGCUAUGUCUCAUCCACUUAUCGGCCUGCCCGUUGUCGAUCGGCUCAAUGCUCACUUGCCAGAGCCACUGGCUGCGGGGAGUGUUUUUCACCGCCUAGGCCGGGCUGCAAUAAUAACACGUGCAGCCUCCUCCCGGAUAACACCGUGACAAGGACUGCCACCAGUGGGGAAUUGGCUUCCGAUGUUGUAUCAAUUCAAUCUACCGAUGGAAGGAACCCUGGCAGGAAUGUUUCUGUGUCCCAGUUUCUCUUCGUUUGUGGCUCCACGUUCCUUUUACAAGGGCUUGCAAGUGGCGUUAAGGGCAUGGCUGGCCUCGGAAGGACAAGAAUUGCACUUCCUUCUCAAUUUGCUGCAGAUUUUAGCUUUGACAGAAAAUUUGCUGUUUGUUUAAGCUCUUCAACAACAGCCAGAGGUGUUGUAAUAUUUGGUGAUGGCCCAUAUCGAUUUCUUCCCAAUAUUGAUGCUUCAACCAAUCUUAUUUACACCCCACUUAUUAUCAACCCAGUAAGCACUGCAUCAGCCUACUCUUCCGGUGAGCCAUCGGCUGAAUACUUCAUCGGAGUAAGAUCUAUCAAGAUCAACGAAAAAGAUGUCCCUAUAAACACAACAUUACUGUCUAUCGACAGUGAAGGCAAUGGCGGAACGAAGAUCAGCAGUGUUAAUCCUUACACAGUCUUAGAAUCAUCAAUUUACAAUGCUGUUAUUAAUGCUUUUGUAUCAGAACUUUCUAAUGUCACUAGAGUUACACCCGUGGCGCCGUUUGGAGCAUGCUUUAGUUCAAGAAACAUCGGUAGCACCCGUGUCGGACCAGCCGUGCCUAACAUUGAUCUUGUUCUGCAAAGUGAGAGUGUGUAUUGGAGAAUAUUUGGUGCAAACUCGAUGGUUCAAGUGAAUAAUGAUGUGCUAUGCCUUGGCUUUGUGGAUGGGGGUGUGAAUCCUACGACAUCAAUUGUAAUUGGAGGUCACCAAAUUGAAGACAAUCUGUUGCAGUUUGAUCUUGCAACAUCAAGACUAGGAUUCAGCUCUUCGCUGCUAUUCCGACAGACAACCUGUGCCAACUUCAACUUCACCUCCAAUGCAUAA